UAUAUCUGUGUUUGUUUUAUAUAUACAUUGUACAUUUGUAUCUUGUUUUAUAAUAAGCACGCAUCAAUGAGGCUACAGGAGAAACACUUGAUUACUAGAUUAGUUUCAGUACGCAUGCGUUAGAGAUCAGCUAUUGGAACAAAUUGGUGCAUCAUGCGACACAUCAUUGUACUGGUCAGCGUCAUCGGAACAGCAAUGGCGGCUGCCACGUCUGAUGAAAACGAGGCUAAGAUCGCUCACCUUGAGCAGACGGUUUCCGACUUGACGCGACAGCUCAUGCUGCAGCAGCUGUUCGUCGAAGAAAGGGUGCGUUCGGACGGCGAUUCCGGAGUGAAGCAGAUCCGACGUUACCACGACGGCACCCGAGACUACUACGGCGAGACGCACGCGGGGUCGAGCAUCCUGGCCAUCCACGACCACGCCAACUACGACAGGACCAUUGGCAUGGGCGAGUUCAUCGGCGUCCUCAACGGAGUGGAGUUCCGGACGCGGCACAACGACUACAAAUUGCGCAUGCCCAGCAAGACGAAGGACAACUUCCACGCCACGGAGGAGAUACCUUUCCCAGACGUCCCUCCUCAGGUUUUGGCUAAGUCUACCGUUGCGGACCAGAUCAAAGAGAUGAGGGAGUGGUUCAAAGCGUGGAAGACGCAGAACCACGCACACAGGGAUUACAGGAAAUACUUCAAACCAGUCCUGUGUUACCUGGAAGGAGCCUGGACCACUGACACCAAGUCGUUGCAGGAACCCUUCACCAGUGACCGCCACCACCUGGACGCGAACAGCUGGUUCGACCUGCAGGAGAAGGUCAGAUUCACGUCGUACACCGGCGUCAAGUCAAACCUGGAGAACUUCGCCUACCUCCCGACCACCAUCAUGAACAUGAUCAACGGCAGCGCCCAGUUCGCCCAGUGGAACUACCGGAUUCUGUGCCACCCGCUCUCCGUGGACGUUCCGCUGCGAAAUCUGAAACCAAUCGACGAGCUCAGCAGUCGUCUGCCGUAUCACCGCCAUACGAUGGCCAGUCACGUGGCCUCAAAGGCUGCCAGGUUCUACCUGAACGAUCACAAAUCGGACGCGUUCAUGCGUAACGGCUACAUCGACAAGCUGAUGCACGAGAUACCGGGGAAGGACAACUACCCGGCUUCGCUGACGGACGACGCGUUCGGCCUGAUGGCCUACGACAUGGCGUUCGGCAAGAACUACACGGCGGAGAACACCGGCUACUACCACCGCUGGUAUAAGGUGAAGAAGGACGGCGCCAUGGGAGUCAAAGUCAUCCACCGGGGAUUCGCAGACGAGAACCUGUGGGUGGCACAGACGACGCAGCCGAGAGUGGCGGGAAUGGGCCUGGACGACUGUAACAAGGACGCGCACACUCACGUGAGAGUCUGCCACAGGUACGAUCGCAAGUACACGUUCGCCAUCCCCAUGGAGAUCAUCUACUUGACUCCCUUGUCCACUUGGAAUCCUUACAACCUGACGAUGAAGGGAGCUUACUAUUCAACACUCGGGAAAACCGUCGAGGCCCACGGUCGCAAUGGAGGGUUGACAAUGGACAAGGCGUACGAUGGAAUCAACUCGAAAUAUUACUACAAGACGCCCGUGGAGUUCUUCCACGGCGGCGAGGUCCAGAAGGACGCAGCCGACACGGCGAAGGGUCAGGUGGGUGUCCUUGACCCCCAGGGCAACGUCAGAAAGGUCGUCGCUUCCGGACACCGGAUCUUCUUUCCGUCCAUCACGGGACUGGGCGUUAUUCGGCAGCGCUAUCCCAUAAUGCCCGUCCACGGGGAAGGCAGCGCCGUCUGGAAAGAGCUGAACGCUCUAAAGGAGAUGGUGAUGAAGAUGAACACAUACGCCGGUUACUACGAACAGAGUCCUUAUGCAUCAUCGAGUGCGACUACCUCAGGGAGUGCUGGGACGGCCACGACGAUCAUUCCCACCGUGGCUGCUGUCGUCUACUUAAUGAAAUCCUCGGCAUAUUGAAACAGAACUCAAUAACUGCAUGUAAAAUAUACUUUUAAAGGGACACGCCCUAGUUACGGCUAGUUGUUAACCAUUACGGCGUUGUUUUUCGCUAUUAAACCCAUUUUUUUCACAAAUAAAAUUGCACUUUA